GAAUUUUUCAAACCUGAAAAUAUCGAACUUCCAAUCCAUAAACGAGAUCAUACCAUGUUUACAGGCAGCGGGAGAGGGUUUGCGUCCAAGAGCGGACCAGUAUUGGCUAGGUUCAAAUCCAAAGUAAGACUUCCAGAAAAAAUACCAGUACAAUUGUUAAAGGAUGUGCCUACCGUUGGGGUGGCCGGAGAAAUCAUAAGAGUAAGACCAGCAUACAUGAGAAACUUCUUACACCAUAAGAACAGAGCUGCCUAUAUUCUCAAGGGCCAGGGACCAAAGAUCCCUAUCGUUGAAAGAUCUGCUGUCGAGGUUGAAGCUCCCGUGUUUGUGGCCGAAGAAACCGUUGAAGUUGUCACUAAGCCAACCACACCAGCAAAGGCCAAGGCUGGUGCCAUGUCCUUAGACGAAUUAUCCAGUCUUUUCAACACCAUGAAGAACAAGAGAGCCAGAAAAAGUGUCGGUGAAGAGCAAUCAUUCACCUCAAGCACUGAAGUUGCAUACACCUUAUCCGAGUUGAAGGAGGCUAUUCCAAGUCCAUACACUAUCCAGAGUGACUUCCCAAUUACUAAGGAGUACUUCGCCUCCGCCAUAUUCAAUUUGUCCGGUAACCAAGUCCCAAUUGCCGACAUGAAACUUGGACAGGAUAAGUCUUUCGUCAGCGAAAUCACUGAGGCCGGUAAAUAUAAAUUGAUAAUAUCCUCAUCUGCCGAAAAGAACUCCAUUACUAUUCCAUUGAUUGUUAACUAGAGAUCUCCUGUCUACUACCUCUGUACAUACUGUAAAUAUAAUUUUACUACCAAUUCAAGAAAC